AUGGGUAUUUAUUCUCCAAUUGCUGCCACUUAUGGUGUUCGUGUCGAACAAUUCCUGGAAUCAGAUUCAGAUUUUGUGAAGUAUCAUGCUAAAUUGAACAAGAAGUUGAUCAAAUUGAGACAUCACUGUGGAUUGGUCACCAAGGAUACAAGAAGAUAUACCACCAAGGAAAAAUUCUCAAAGGUUACUGUGGAGGAUUAUGAUAAGAAGAAUAAAUUGUUUGGGGCUUUGGUCUUAUUACUUGCUGAAAGAGAUUUAGCACUGGCAGAAACUUUGAAAUUAAGAGCUCGUCAAAGAGGAAAGUUAAAGGAUGGUGAAAAGAAAGUUUUGUCAACAAGGUUAAAGAAGACAUGCAAGACAAUUGAAAAAUUGAUUGAAUUGACUCAAAAUGAGGCGCAAUGGGUUACUAGAGCGCAGUACUUAAUAUAUGGCAAACUCGCCAAAGUAGAAUACCUAAUGUACGGUAAACAUGCUAAACGUAAGGAGAGUUCCAACAUUGCUAGAAAUUUAGCGCUAGCCCUUGCUGGCCUACAGUACCUAAAUCAAUUGAAGCAUGUGGAUGCUGUAACUUUGGAAGCCAUUAAUUCCAAAUAUGAAUACGCUCUGAGACAACAUUCCGGAAAUGUAAUAUCCUCCGCAGAUUUGCGCAAUUUUAUAACUAAGCAAGUGGAAGAAAGUGCUGCAGAGAACGAUGAAUUGGCUAAGUUGUUGCUGAAGAAUGGGUAUACACUGAAGUUGGUAAAUGUUGAUGUUGAUGCUGUCAAAUCCAGCACGCAUAUUCAAUGGAGAUCUUUUACUGCCGAAGUCCAUGAUCCCGAAGUUGUUCAGGCCAUCGAAGAGGCUAAGAAGAUUGUAAUAAAGGAUGUCUCAGAUUACAGUGACAUGUUGUUGAAAUGGAGCGAAGCAGUAGAUAAACAGGAAACUCGUCUUGCCACUAUGGACGAGGAUGAACAAAUGCUUGAUGAAGAUGAUAAUAAGGAAAAUGACCAAAUUCUUUUAUCAUAUCUUAAAUAUAAUAUGAUUUUUGUCUCAAUAUUGCGUGAUAAUUCGUUAUUUACACAAUUAUUGAAACAAUGGGAAGGUUUAGGACCAUCUAUAUCCGCAAAAUUGACAAAGUACAAGGAGUUAGAUCGUAUUGUUAAAAACUUACUAAAAUAUUUACAGGAUGUGAUGGAAUUGCCAGGUGUUUAUUCUGAUGAUCAAUUAAUGAGCCAAUUGGAGUGUUGUAAGAUUUACUACCAAUUGAAUUUGAAUUCACAAUGCCUUGCUCCCUUGUAUCAAUCUAAAGGGAAAUAUAUGGAAGCAUUGGCUUUAUACGUGGAUUCACUUCAAAAGUUGGAAAGCAAACUUGAAGACAUAGGAAAUAUGGAUGAAAUUGUUCUUCCAGAUAAGGUCCUCAACAAAAAGAACUUGAAGGUAUUAGAUUUGGCGAUUAAACUUGGCUUAAAAAGUGUUGUCGCAUUAGCUGAGUAUGAAAAGAGUUUAAAUAAAGACUCCUCUUCAAAUUAUGAGGCAUCUUUGAUCGAAAAAAUUGACACGCAAUCUAUUGAACCACAGGAUAUAAACUUGAACAAUCUUUUCCCAUUGAGACCAAAAAUACAACCAAUAAGUAGCAAGCCAACAUUGUUCGAUUUGGCAUUCAAUUAUAUCAAUUACGAAGAAGAACAGCCAGUUAGCCCCGCGCCAGCUAAGGAAAAACUUGUUGAGGAACCUCAAGUUGAAUCCCAAAAGAAGAAGGGUUUCUUAGGUUUAUUUGGGCGUUAA